UGACGUAACGCCGCAGAAAGGUGCGGGAGGGGGCUGGAUAGGAGAUUUGGAGAGAUUUAAAUAAAAACGAACACAAAUCUCCUGAUUGAGCAGAAGGUUAUAGGUAGAGGUCUUCGCUUGGCCGCGUUAGCAAAGGAGCUUUUAGCGCUUUUUGGAAAACGAAGGAAUUGUUAUGGUUAGUUUCUUUAAGAAUAAAUAGUGUAAGUUUUCCUUGAAGUUUUGGUGAAGCCGCCGGGCGCCGUUCGGCCUCCUGAAAAGCAACACCGGGCCCUCUGUCCUCUUCUCCGAGCGCCCCGCCGAGCUGAGGUGGGAGGGGGUGACGGAGAAAUAUGGUAUCCUGGAUCAUCUCGAAGGCAGUCGUGCUUAUUUUUGGAACACUAUACCCAGCAUAUAAUUCCUACAAAGCAGUGAAGACCAAGAGUGUUAAAGAAUAUGUUCGUUGGAUGAUGUACUGGAUUGUUUUUGCCCUCUUCACAGUAGCAGAAACAAUCACAGAUCUCACAAUAUCUUGGUUUCCUCUCUAUUAUGAAAUAAAGAUUGCAUUUGUGAUUUGGCUGUUGUCUCCAUACACCAGAGGAGCCAGCCUUCUCUACAGGAAAUUCCUGCACCCUCUUCUGACAUCUAGGGAAAGGGAAAUUGAUGAAUACAUAGUUCAAGCCAAAGAACGGAGCUAUGAGACCAUGGUAAACUUUGGCAGGCAAGGCUUAAGCAUAGCUGCAACUGCAGCUGUCACUGCAGCUGUCAAGGGCCAAGGCGCUAUUACUGAGCGGCUGAGAAGCUUCAGUAUGCAAGAUCUAACACAGAUCCCGGGUGACGAGCCACUGCAGCGGCCAUAUCCAGGCAAAAAAGCCAAAAACCCCAGCCCUGAGCCGUCUGAUUAUCCCUAUCAGUACAAGCAGGAUGACGCAGAAGACAGGAGUGACGAGGAAGCUGAAGCCACUUUUUCAGAGGAUGAGGCUUUAGCCCAGCGGGGACUGAGAAGAUCUCAGAGCGUAAAGUUAUCAAGAUCAAGGUUACGAAAAGAGAAUCGUUAUGGAUCCCUGAAGAUUAAAGGAAAACGAAGAACUGCAUUGAGUUCUGUGAACUAUGAGCCGUAAACUUCCCUCAAGUUUCGGGACCUGACUACUGAUUUAAAUGUAUACUUCUGUGGAGAAGAUUUGUUUGUAAAUAUUUUUUUGAAAUGGUGAAGGGUCCUAGUUAUUGAAAGCUGACAUGAUGCUCAGUUUGAAAUGCAACACCAAUAAAUGUCAUAUUUUUAAAAGAGAAUACUAACUGUAACAUACCAAAUCAUGGUAUUUUUAUACUAUUAGGGCACAAUGCGAGCAUUUCUAUUUGAAGCAAGACGUUUACAGAUUUGUGUUAUAUGUGUGUCUGUGUAGCACAAUUGCUUUAUUGAUGUAAGACUGCCUGGUUUUUCAGUAUUUAUAUUUUAAACUAUUUUACAUAUCUUGUUUGGGUCUUUGAACAAGUAGUUUUAUUAAAACUUUGUGUAGUGCCUUACAAAUUUUUCAGCUCUAUAUAUUUACCAUUUAUAACUUGCUUUAAUCACUGUUGUGAUACCUCUAAAAGCAACAGCAGACCACAAAGUAAUAUUUGUUUGUUAUGGGACAAUUAAUAGUUGAAUGAGAACUAUUUGAUCUUUAGAUUUUGUACAUUUUCAAAGUUGUGUGGAACACAAUUUGUCCUGGGGGAAGCUGGACUGUCCGCUUUUGGUGGUCGUGUCUUUUAACAUUUUCACUUGCUUUAGUUUUAAGGGUGUAGAAUUGAGUUUUGAUCAAGUCUUGCUCACCUUCUUUAGAAUGCUGUAUCUUAAAAUGAUGGUAAUCUCAGUGGGAAAUAAGUAUUUCUCCUAGGAGAGAAUCAUGAUAGAAACAUCAUUUUAACCAAAGCUUGUUUGACAAAGAAACGGUUUAUAUUACAAAUGCAAUAGCUUUAAUCUGGGGCGAUGACUAAAACUGUACAAAUAAACUUGGAGAGUUCA